UACCUUAAUGGACAUUUUUAAAUUUUAGAGCAACUACCUACCACACUUGAGGUGGUUAAGAUAUGUCAAUUAUUGAAGGAACAUUACUUAUUUCAGAGACACUCAUACUACACUUGGGUCUGUUUGCGUACAAUUUAAUUAUACUUAAUAAUGCUUUAAUGAACAAUGUAGAUUCGGAAAGAUUUGGAUAUUACUUGUCCGAACAAACUAUAGAAAUCUUAGAGAACCUAAGUUAUCACUUAGGUUUCUUUAUGUGUGUUAACCAUUCACGUGAACAUUCAAUGGCAGAUCACUUUGCCAGUCAAGUAAUAGAUACUUUGGAUCAUAGUUACCCAGUUAUCCUUUUGAGUUAUAUAGUUACCUUUCUUAGCAAGUUCUGUUUAAGUUGGUCAAAUAAACACGGGAAUGGGGAUGAAGUGCUCCUCUCGUCACACUCUUGCCCCCAUAGACUCGAUUUUCGGAGGCCAUCUCUCUCCAAUUAUACCCCCUGGAGCCUAGGUUAGUGGAGGCCCACUCCCUCCUGUCACAGAGGAGGCCCAACUCCCUCCUCUCUACCCAGGAAUGUUCACAGUGGCCCUGAGAGAAGGCCAACUCCCUUCUCUUCAUCCACUGUGUACAUCCCCUUGGGCUGUAGGUUUUGUUUUCUUGACACUCCAGGGGUCCAUGGGGCUAAAAUAUUAACUGAGCACUUUGUCCCCCACUUCCCCAUUUUCAGCCACACAAAGUUGUUGUUGUCCUUAUUCCAAAGGAAAAACAAGGGAAGGUUGAUUAACUGAGUUCUUUUCGUGAGUUCGUGCACGUAUGUCUCGAUCACGGCUUGACUGGUUCAUACACCAAAAACAUACACGCAGUCAGGAAACUUUCAGUUUGGUAUAAAAUCCCCAUCUGAUUUCAAAAUACUGUCUGCUCGAAAACUAAAGACACUUUUCCAAAAAUACAAGCUUGAGCUUAUAACAGGUAUUUACGCUUGAAUCGGUCACGUCUUGCGUAAAUAUUAGGGAGUUUUUCAAAGAUACCACGACUGCUGACAGCAACGAAAACGUUGCUUGGAAAAGUGAAUUCACAUUUCUUCAGUCUCUAUCGUGAUUAUUUCAACUCGCUUACUUUGUCACAUGCAAGCGAACUCUUCUGGAGCUGAAUUUCUAUCAACCAUAUCCAAGUUCAUGAAGAGAAUGAAUUUUGUUAUUGUUUGUUUACGUCCUUCACAAAACUUGAAAUUAGGUAGUCGUGGGUCUCCGAGGAUGGAACAAUGAUGGCCUAACCUGGUAAGUGAAAUGCGAAAAGUUAACUCAAAUUAAAAAUCACGUAGGGAGUUUAUUAGAUAUAGCCCCGGAAAUUGUCAAUGAGUGGAAUGGUUAUCUAGAAAUUUUAGCUUUCCUCAAGCUGUUGAAAAUUCUAGGCAAUUUUUUGCUUCUCCAAACAGAUAUUUUACAGAAAACAGUCAUUGAGUGCCUCUGUUCCAGACUUCCUAUAGCUGUAGUCUAUAACUUUCAUCAAAUGUUCUAAACUUCAUAGAGUAUGCUUGGAUUGCGCUGAAGUGUUGCUUUAUUAUUGUCACUUACAAGUUAAAUAAAAUAUCAUUGAUCAUUUGGCAUUUUUUAAAUUUUUUUUAUUUUUGUCACCAUUGUGGCCUCCAAGGCUGUGUACUCUGUAUUUUCCAUACCUUGUGCCACUUUGCAGUCGGGACUGAAGGAAGUAAUUUUUUGUGGAACUGUCAAAAGCAUGGGAUUGCCUUUUUUGCUGGGUGUACAGUAUUAAUUCUCCAUUAGUCAGUGACUUAAAUAGGGUUAAAUUUUCAUCUUUAAGAGUUGCGAAAAAAACGGCGCAACAUUUUGAGUGAUGCUGGUUAUCUUAUAGACAUGGAUCAGUGCUAGCAUAUUGGGAUACAUGAUACAUGAUGUUUGAUCGAUCACAUACUUUGUUAUCUCUGGCAGCACCAAAUUUAGUUAUGCAAGCAAAACAGCUGUCAAAAGGAUAGCAAAAGAUUAUUCUACCCUCAGUUAAACUCAGUCCUCAGUUUAAAACAUGUAGUACACUAAACGUAUACACUGUAGGUACUUAUAAAUGUACAUUUACUGUAUGUUAGAUCAUACACAGCUAUGUAAAUUCAAUUCUACCUUAAUCUCGUUUUCUUUGGUUUCAUUUGUAUGGUAGACUAGAGCCUCAUUAACUGGAACUGGUUAACUCAACUGCCUGCUGCCGAGUUGAAAUGAUGGAUUAACUGUCCCUUAGGCACAAUUUUCAGUGAAUACUACCUGAUUAAUUCAAACUCAUGUUGAGUCAAACGGUUUUUUUCCCUUGGGAGUUCCAGCAGUCAGAUAAAUAUGUAACUUUAUCCCAUCCAUUCUGAAAGGAAGAAAAUCAUUGCAUAUUCUGUAAUAUUUCACAAAAAUAUCCCUGCGAUGCUCGCGGCCUUUACAUCCAAAAACAAGUGGAAACCAACAGCCACAUCCCUGUCAUACUGAAAUUACCGGAAGCAAUUUUAACUUGUUUGCAUUUCCAAACAAAACUGCCAGCUAAGCAGAGCUAAUUCUCUGUUGAUGGACAUUGUCUCUUCUCUUAAACUUAUGCCUUUUCUGUUCUCUCUACCCAUUUUCUAGGACUAGGUGUUUUAACACUUGAAGGGAAAAAAAUAAGAUAUAAGGAAAAGCUGUAAUCACUUUACCCUGCGAGCAGAGACGUAUUUCCAGUGGUCGAUUCUCCCCACCCAAAAAAUAAUACUUUUCGGGUGGAGAGAAACUGUGGCCUGAAAUACAUUUGCGUUCGCUGAGGCUAUAAUCGCGACAGUCGAACCUCCACUAACAGUCACCUCUCCACAACGGAGAAGUCUGCCACUAUUUUUGGUGGACUGUCCAUACAUUGACUCUUUUUUUAACCUCUCUUCAAUGGCCGCUUCUCUAAAAUGGCCACUUUUUUUCUGUCCCCAAGGUGGCCUUUGUGGAGAGGUUCAAUUAUAUUUCAGUAGCACUUGAAGUUUACAGCAUGUAAGGUGUUUACUUGUAUCUGGAUACCUUAACUGAUGUCUGGCUCAAGGCAUUCAGAUAGUGGAGUGUGCCAUGACGCUAGAGAGUGGGAAAAUAAUAAGGAAAAGGAGAGGGUGGAGGAAGAGAGGAGGGUUAGAGUUACACGGGUUUGUUCUCACCCCCUACCCCAUCCCCCUAAUGUUUUUCCUGCUCACAUCUCCUUGCAAGGACUCACCACAAUGUGAACGCCUGGAAUAUGCUAGGUUUAUAUGGGGAGCAGAUCAGCAAAAGGCAGCAACAAACAUAUGCACAAUCAUUAAAUGGAAGGAGUCAAAAGAACGUGCGUAGUGGGAAUUGCUUGGAUUUGGUAAUGUUGGUAUUGUAGUCUCUUUUGUACUAGUGGUAUUUUGGCAUCAAGUGAUAAAAUUUGAAUUUAAUGCUCAGCGAAAUGUAAAUUUCAUUGAUUUGUGGAAGAGGAAAGAGAACGAUGAGAAAAAAGGUUUUUGCACCAAGAAAAGAUCAUUGGCUCUAAGGACUUGAAAUAUCUUGAAUUCCAGCUUGUCCUUUUGGCACAUUUGUUGCUCUGAGUCAUUAUUGAAUGCGUGUGUGUGUGUGUGUGUUUUAAAUGAAACAAACAAGUAAACAAGCAUCACACGUCUAUCCAAGGAAGAAGGAAACUUUCCUCUUGUAGGGUCACCCUUUCACAGAUAUUUUUUAUGCCAAACAUAGUACAUGUACUACAAGCCCAUUUUCGGGUUUAGUGCCAAUUGAUUACUAAAAUAUAUGAAACUUCUCGUUCAUUAGGGCAAACGAACGAAUUAAGGUGAAUAUGAUUAUCUACCUUUGUAUAUUAAUUCCUGCCGUUUUUUCUUGCCCUUUGAUAUGGAGAAAUAAGUGAACUCGUGGCUCCGUCGGUCUUGUUUCCUUCGUAAUAAAAACUGCCGAAAACAGUCUUAAGAGUCCUGAACUCUACAUUACUCAGUAAUUUUUGAACUGGAAAUGAAUGUUGUAUGCUUGUUCCACUUUGCACUGUUUUCGCAAUAGCUUCAGAAAUCAAUGCGAUAAGGAGAAAAAUGUUAAAGUAUUACAUAUUUAUCACCACAGGCACGAAACACACUUUAAGUUCCAAACAACCUCAUAAAACUGAUGAAUUUGCAAUAAAAUCGAUGGCAAAGGUGUAUUGUUUCUUGUACAUCAGCUGCUUUUCCUCUUUUUGUUGGUAGCCAAACGUCUCAGUAUCAUGCAAUGGGGAUGGAAGACGACAUUUUUUGAUAACGUUAUCCCUUAAGUAGUGAAGAAAAGUAAUCUAGCAAGUUAUGACCAAUGCUUCGGAUUUUACUGGCAAAAUGCUAGUCAGGAUAACCUUGACGAAGGUAUGAUAUCAUUUGAUUCACUAUAUAUUUUAGAAACGUUUUUUAACGCUUUUCAUCUACCGUAUUGUAAAGACAACAUUGCGCCAAAAUAUGAUCUAUUUAGAAACGCUUACUUAAGCCAAAAUGUGCAAAAAUUACCACGGAUGUUUGUUGUCAUAGAAAUGAGCUCAGCGCGGGCUUUGAAGGGGAAAAGUAAAACAGAGUUUCUUCUUUCCUCCUCUUAACUCACCCCUCUAGCGAAGGGCAGCCUGCGUGUGCCAGUUUUUUUUUAAGGGCGAAGGAAGUAAUUUCGAGGACGCGAGUGCUCCCCUCGCAGGACGCGAGUGUUCCUCUCGCGCGGCCUGUAAAAAAAAAAUAAUAAUAAUAACCGGCGCCUGCUACUCAGGCUAAGCUAAGGGAGUCCAAACUUGAGAUGCCCAGCACAUAAAUGUUGAUUGUCUUCAUUGAUGUCCACAAAAAUUCAACACAUUAUUAACGUACUCGCCUUUAACAAUGGACGCACAUCAGGUAGAGAAGGCCGGGAAAACGAAACAGAGUUUUAUCUAUUUCUGUCCGUCCCUUCUAAGGGAACCUGUCAGGAGGCUGCACUUGGCCGAGAGAACGUCGCCCCAGUUCAAAUUUACGCUAUGUUAGUCCAAAAACCGCAAAACUUUGAUCUAAUUUUGUGAAUUCACACGCCAUAUACCAGACGGACGACAUUUCAGAAGUUAACGCCACAAGAAAAGCAAACAAAUGGUUUGUUUCGAUUCAGGUUCUUGAAACCACGCUUCUAUCUGAUAGUCGUACGCUGAAAAAAGCAGUUGUUACCUGCGAUGUAUUUAAUAACGAUAGUAACUUGAGAGCAGUGUAUCAGGGAACGAAAAAACUACUGAUUUAAAAAACGUCGCGAUAACGAGCGCGUUCCCUACAAUUUCACCACAAAAACAUGUGAGGUAUGACGUCAGGAGUUGUUUUAAGCAUGCUCCGUAGCUGAAAAAUGGCGCGUAUAACUGGUAACGGAAUACUUGUCUUUAAAUGAUGGCCUGUCAUAGAGGGAUACAUUUUAUGCAUUGGGACGUACGUAAUAUAUCUCGCCAAAGCUGAAAGUGAAAUUAUAAUCCCAUACCGCACCUUGCACAGCUUAAAUACAAGGACAAGAACGCUUGAUAGUCCUCUGGGUUGACUGUUAAAUCAUUUUUUGUUAAUGGAUUAACAUUCCAGAGCUAACAAUUAUUGAAAAUAAUGAUAAUAAUGAUAAUAAUAAUAACAUACUUAUGAAAUGUUAUUAUCAAUAAUAAUAAUAUAAAUAGUAAAAACAGAUUAAAAGAUAUAUGAAUAAAAAAUAUAAAAUUAAAUGAUAAAAAUCAGUAAUAAAUUUUAAUCUGACUUUUAAUUAGUGAUUUUCUGUGUCGUAUUUUUUUUUUUUUUUUCACUUUAAGUCAAACGAUAAAAGAGAAUUUCCAUUUGCAGUGGACAGUGGCCAAAGUGUCCCUUUUAUAGUAGUGGCUUAGGUUCAAUGCGUUUAGUAUUCGAAAGUAAAAGUUUGGAAGGAGAUCAAAAUAAGAAAAUUCCUUGUCCACAAAAGGAGGAUCUGUUUUGUUUUGUUUUUUCUACUCUAUAAAUUUUUUAGGUAAAUUUGCUGGUGUAAGUCGUUGAAAGCUGUAUUUUAUCCAUUUUGUCCAUUAUGGUAGGGAACUCGAUUUUAUCUAAUCAUGGUUUGAUCUGGUUGCUGGUGCAUAAAACAGGAAGUAGCUUUUUAAUUCAUACAACAAACCUAAGUUCUUCCUCAACUCGAUUUACGAAUAAAAUUAUGAUUACUGCUUAAGUUUCUCUCAGCGCAUACACCCCAAGCUCUAACUUUUGUAGACGGCAAGAAGUUAAAAAAAAGCUCUUUGUAAUCAUGGUUAUUCUGAAUGUUACAUUGAGCAAUUACAGUUCGUUUGGUGCACUGGGAAGGUACGAGUGUCUUGCUUUUGCAGUUGGUAACCCUGUGGGGAGGUAGGAGUUAGUGUUAAUGUCAUGUAGGUAAGACAUACUUGUGCAUUCAUUCAAAUGAGUUGUAAAUUUAGCAGCUUAAUCCUCGGAAGUAAAAGGGGAACCUAAAGCCACGAAAAUGGCCUAAAUGAGUCAAAUGUCUAACAGAUAACAGCAGAAUGUCGCUCAAAAACCCUAAUUCGAAAAGGGCGAUAUUUUGGUCACGGGCAACGACUUAAACAUGACGCAAAGGUCUUUCACCUCGCGGAUUCCAAUUGUGGUUUAACCAUGCAUAACCCUUUAAAGCCUAAUAUCACUGAAAAGUCAACUUCCUAUUUACUGGCCCUGUACGUUUCCUAUAGUACUAGUGGAAAGAAGUUGUUGAAGAGUCAGUUAGAGUCAUUAUCGUCUGUGAUCAUGUCCUUAAUUCUCCUCACCAACCUGUUUUCGUGUACAGGGUUUCGGUAUUACAAGAAGAAAUUUGAUACUGAUUACUCCUUUUAAGAGCUUUUAACGGGUUAACGCUGUUAGAUAUGCUAAGCUAUACAGAUAUGCUUCAGUAACUAACUUGGCGCUGUUGUCUUUAUAUAGGCUUAUCCUAAAUAGACAUUUAUGUUAAUACUUAAGCUUAAAGGGGAGUCGAUGAAAGGAAAACUUCCCUACGCAAUGGACAUUGUCCAAGCUGUCCCUUUUAUAGUCGCAUUCUGCGUGCAUACGUCUCCUGUUUCGAAAGUAAGAGUUGGAUAGGCAUCAAAAAGGGAUAAAGGGAUCUCUGUCAGUUACCUAAGUGUCUAUUUAAGAGGUAUCUGGCCCUUGUCAACGUGCAUUAUGAAUAUACUUUUCCUUUUAAGUUUAUAAAUUUGAAAGGAAGCUUUGCCUUACUUAUUGAUGCUGUCCAAACGGUCCCUAUUAGAUCAUAGCCGUAAUUUCGUGCAGAUCCGACAAGUCUUGUUUCAUAAAGCAAAAGAAGGAGGAGACUACUACCUUGAUUGUAGUAAAAAACUCAGAAAACCCUGUUGAGUUGCCUUUAGGGAAAAUUUCCGGGUGCAAGUUGCUGGUGGUAUUUUGUACUGACAUCCAUUAUGUCAGGAAACACGAUGGGGGCCCUUGCAAGAAUCUGGUUUCUGAUGGGACCGUAUCUACUAGCAGAAAAGGUUCUAGGUAGGUCAGUUAUUUUGUCGGUGAAUAUCAAUAUCUGCUAGGCAAGUGUGAAUAACUGUCGUUGGUACGCAUUCUUUCAAAUAUGUCAUGAUAUUCUUUGCUUUGGGACGUUCAGCCAAGCUGCUUGCUUUCUAUAUGAAGGGCCUGCUCGACUAAAUGCGUCAUUAAAAGUUCCGCCUUGAACCUAUAUAGCGGCGAUCAAACGUGCUUUUAAAUUUCUCAAUUAACUAAACAUAUCAUUGAAUAGAUAUGUUUUUGCCAAAAUUCUCUAAUGGCAGCUUCUUUGCUUUUCAAUUAUUUAUUUUAUUGUGGUAAAAAAAAAAAUCGAAGUUUUCCGUUAAUUUUUUUACUUGCGUGGGAUAUUUUCUACCAUCCUUUUUGACACAUUUCAACGAGAAUUUUACAUGUUACUUAAAAGUGUCUUUAAUUAAUUUUUUUUUUCGUUUACAUCAUAAGGCUAUAAACGAAAGGCCAACUGAGACUUUACUCAUUCGAUGUGUAGUCGACCUUGCAAAGAAAUCUUUUUUGUUUGCGUGUGGGACUUUGAACCUCCUCAGUUAAUGAUAGGUUUUUUUAAAGCAAGAUUUCUUGCGAAAGGCGUCCAAUAUUUUUUUUCUCACUCUAUAUUUUUUGUGUUUUACAUUCCGCACAUGGUAAUUAAACUUCCUCGUGAACAUUUUGUAUUAGUAUAUACACACUCAGUGAUCUUGGUGAUUUAAGCAAUCUGAUUGGUUCGCUAUCUCGCACUAUUCAACAAUAUUCACCUCCUAGCGAGUGGAUAAUGUGUGAACUCGGUUUUUCCCCCAUUUUUUUUAGAGAAAGAUCUUUUAAAAGUCGACAAAAUCCUAGGUUUACUUUUCUCAGGCAAGAAAAGACUUCGAAGGAUUCAAAACAGCGUUUUUCCAUUUACUGUUGUUGAGUUUUGUGGUCGAUGAAUUGUUUACAACUCCUGUUUAUUCGCCUAGAAGAGGCCGUUUCGUGAACUCAGCGUUUCCUAACAAGAAAAAUUUGGCCCCAAAACGAGGUUUAUUUAUGACAAACAAAUUUGAAAGCAAAUGUUUGCAGAAAUUCUACGUUUCAAGUAAACAGGAGAAAGCUGAAUGCUACAUGAAUACGACAUCUUAUCUCGAGGAACCGAAUCGCCAUUUUUGUCAGCACUUCAUGCGAAGAACGACACAACAAACUUUUUCGGCUAUAAACUUGGCGAAUCAGCAGAAAACAACAAAGCUCUUCUUUUCUUCCCAGGUAAGGAAACAAUUCAAACUUUAGCGGUUCUAUUUAAGUCAUUACGCUGUUGUUUGCGAAGUGAUAAGCUUGUGAAUUGCCAUGUUUGACAAUCAUUCUGAAAAGAUCUAUUUUUAAACUUUUGCGUGUUUAGCUGACCUGAUCUGUAAAUCAAAUCGUACUUUUUAAUGGUUUCUUCUCUCAUUUUGUUGAGAUCAGUUCGUGUGUAUAUACUAAAACAAUUAUUCUUUUCAAUCUCGGUGAAUAGUGGCUUUAGGAAUAUUUACCUCGCCACUUCGUGGCUCGGUAAAUAUUUAGCCACUAUUCACCUCGAUUUCAAAGAAUAAUUGCUAAGUGUAAAUAAUGGGAUAGGUACUACCACAAGGCACGAGAAACGGACAAGUAAAGCAGAACGCCCCACCAGGCGUUUUGACUCACAGUCAAAGUCCCCCGAUCUAGUGAUCUUCCGUGUACAGAACUAAGCAGCUUACGGAGUACAGAUUAAACCGCCGACAGUGAGUGGGUGAGACUUCUCUUAUAUAUCCAAAUCAAUUUGUGAAACAGUUCUUGGAAGCCGAUAGCCUGCGAAACAUCCGUUUCUCCACGCUCUUUGCCUUUGGGGACGUUUCGUGCGGAAACGUCCCAUCGUGGCAGCGUUGCAGUUUAUUCUGGAUGCACUUUUACUGCUCAAAGUAGCGUGAUGAUUCUUAAUUAAUUUUACUGAAUUAAAAGCUAUUGGUAGUGAUAAGUUUUAACUACGUACUUUACUUCCUUUUAGCUCAAGCUAGCAAGUUUGGUAUCGUCGAGCCAUUUCCUGAAAACGUAUAUCCUAUUGAGGGUACUUCAGUUCAAGUUACUUGUAUAGCUUUUGAUUCAUCAGGAAUUAAAUCAGCCGAAACAGUACAGUUUAUGAGAAAAGAUAUAUUUGCGUGCUACACAAAUAUAACAGCUACCGACAACAUUUAUUUUGAACAGAAGACAGUGGAGGUAGAUCAUGGUAGGUAAUUGAUGCAAAGUCCUCACCAAAAAGAAAAUGUUGAACAUAAGAACUAUAUUUAUUAUUAUUAUUUGUUUUUAUUUAACUGCGCCGUGUCCGCGCGCAAAACGUGGACCAGUGGAGGUCAAUGGAAAAGGUCUUCGUCAAACGAUGGAUAUUCAGUGGCUAAAACUGAAACUGAUUUUUUUUUAUCUAAUUCUAUUUUAAAAGUGUACUUAAUUUUAAUUAUUUGGCUAUGAAAAAAAAAUAUAAACAUGAACUAACAAAUAAAGCAAACACUGAACAUGAAGCAAGCGAAAAAGAAGGCAACAAUAGUGGUCUGGGGUUGAAGUUUAACUAUGUCACAAUCCGCUGUUGGGACCUUAAACGUAUUCGACAUAAAGCCGACCGAAUUUGUAAGUGACAAAAACUUUUGAUGUCUUUCUUUGUGCUAGAACCACAAACAAAACCAAAAGCACUCCUUUUAGCUAUAGCUAAUACCGUAAACCCUUCCAUUUGUAGACGGCAAAAAGUUAAAGAAACUCUUUGUAACAAUGGUUAUUCGGAAUGUUUCACUGAAUGAUGACAGUACGUUUGGUGCACUGGGAAGGCACGAGUGUCACGCUUUUGCAGUUGGUGACCCUGUGGAAAGAAAACAUGGGUUUACUAUCAAUGUCAUUGCAAGUAAGUUAUAGAUGGGCAUUUCUAGUAAAAGUGUGGGGCCAAAUGUUCCUUUGCGCUAAGGCAGAGCCCAGACAAAAUACUCUGCUGCACUGCUAGGUGUAAGUAAUUUGGUACCUUAGGUAAUCGCCCAAGUUUAGUUAUAUAGAUGGGCAGUUCAAGUAUAAAUGCAGGUUCAAUGUUAUAAGCCCGUACCCCUCGAAGUAUAAGGAGUGGGGUUAAAUUUUUCUUUUUUGCGCAUGCACAGAGGAAAGACAUAUUGCAUUGCUGCGCAGCGAGGUGUAAGUAAUGUGGAACCUUACGUCAUCGCUCCAGUUAAGUGUACCUUUCAUGUCUCUUUGGAAGCUGAGAUCCCUUCCGUGACUGUAUCGAAAUUCAGCCUGCUGCAGCAUGGAGAAAACAUCAUAAUCUUUUGCAAUGUGACUAAAGGCCAGCUAGCUGUAAGGACAGUGCUGAAGAGGAUUUCAUGGUUUAAAGAUGGAGUGCGAAAGCAAACUGUAAGGUACCCUGAUCUGGGAAAACCAGACGACACUCUGGGGCCUAUGAAACUCACAAAUGAUCGAAGCAGAGAUGGUGGAAAUUACACAUGCCUUCUAGAAAUGUUGCUACGAGAUAUCAAACUACACUUUGUGUCUGAGAGUACUUUGAUUGAAAGUGAGUGUCCAUGAUACAGGUGCUACAUGCUUUGUACAUUUGAACAACAGCAACAACAACAAAAAAACAAACAAACAAAAAACAGCAAACAAAACUAAUAAUGAAAACAAGAAAACGUAUUUAUUAAUUUACAAAAAUGUAGCAAUUGUUUUAGUUACCUUUAGGGUCCUUAAGAGCUCUGCCAUACAAUGUAGAUAAACAUAAUAUAAUUAUAAACCUUCCCGUUUUGUCCUUAUCCGAUUUCCAACAGUAAAACCGUGGUUUGACAAGCCAAUGCAAGUUCUUAACUCAACAGUUAAAAAAGGGGACAAUGUUUCACUCCAGUGUGCGGCCCAAGGUUAUCCUCUCCACAUCGAAUGGAAGUUUCAGAAGGAUGACGAAGACUUCGUACAGCGUUGCAUAAGUAAGAUAAAUUUUUUGUAGUUGUGUAAUACUAAGAGUAAGGUUUGUUGGGCAGGCAAUAAAAUUAUCUACUUCAAUUAUCAUUCCCACCCAGCCAACUCCGGGAUCCCCCUUCUCUUCUCACCUUUCCCAUCCCCUGCCCCUCUCCUCGGUCUGAUUCCAAUCCAAACCUUUGUUACGUGAGCCAGCUGAUUUUUUUUUCCAGUCUGUACCCCAUUCGCAAUCCCUUUUGAAAUCUGUCACCGAAGACUGGCUACCUGAGAACUUAUUCCUUGUUGUUAACUACAUGCGCAUCUCGGGCCAAAACUAUUUGAGAACUUGUAAAGCCCUCCGAUGAGAUUGUUAUCCUUUCACCUGCGAGGAGAACGGGCUAUCAUAGCGGACCUCUCGAGUGCGCGAAACGCUUGCAGUAGAGCGCCAUGGAUAAGAAAACUUGGUUAUCUAUGCAUCCAAGAAAUUUUAGUUCUAACAAAAUCGUUCGUGCGUACGUCCGUACGUCUAUCCCUUCAUGUUAGCGGAUGUGAAAUGUCACACGCACUCGAUUGGAGUCCAAGGCAUAUAUUGCGUUUGACCUGGUUUGGACUUCCAUGUUUUGGUCAAUUGACAGCUUUAAAAAAAGGAUAUCCUCUGACCAGUGUCACAUGACUCUAUAGCUGGUUCAGGUAUGCAACUCAUUGAGGUGACGUAUUUUUUUAAGUUAUCCUCUGACCAGUCGUUGGUUUUCAAUUGACCGCGUGCUCAUGCAGUACCAUUUGUUUAAGGUGUGAACUCAGUUUGCUCUCUGCUUACGGCAAAAGUUGAAUUAUUUUGAGAACGUCAUUAUUUAAAAGAUCACUCAAGAGCUUCACUUCUGGCCCUGGCUAAAUCUAUACAUAUUAACUGGGCGUUCUGUAAUAUUUGUUAAAUAAAUGAACAUGGGUUAUGUAUUUUAAGUCGUCUGACGUUUUUUUUUUAAAGCUGGAUCAGAUGGAAAGCACAUUUUCCAUCGCAGCGGAAUUUACGACCCUUACGCGCUGAAUAUAACAGACGUGCAGUACACAGAUCUUGGAUCUUACUACUGUUGCCUUUCCUCUAACUGCUCGAGCAAUAUCCAAGAUAACUGCCAAACUUUUUGUUCUACGAGGUAAGAGCCAGUUACUGUUAUAGCGAAAAAUAAGUUGGCUAAUUAUAUUGUGAAUGUUCCGUGAUUACCUUGUGGAACUGGCACGCGCAACAAAGGUAAUCAGGUCGCGCGAAAAUUGUCAUAGCCUGCUUAAAAAGAAUAAUUUAUUGAAUUAAUUGUUGAUUCUUUCAAUACAUCUUUUUUUUUCCGCAUUUUUUUUUUCUUUAUUGCUUCUUUAGAUUCGGCAGAACCACAUUCAAUUCCACCUGACGAUAAGAAAAGAUGCAACGGAAAUUCGUCUUCGUCUUUAUCAUCGUGGAUAAUUAUAGCGGUAUCAGUAGAAGGGGUGUUGCUUGUCGCGGCAACCGCCGCCAUUGCAAUUUUGGUGAUAAAACAGCGGCAUGUGAAGGCGACUAAAGAAGGUACUUUAUAUAAAAGUGCAAGUGAUAACUUCUGUGUGAAAAUAAAGUUCCCAAUGAUUUCUGUGGAGGAUAGGAAAGGUCCGGUUUUAAGAAUUAACGGCGGCUAAAACAACAUCGAAGAUUUAAAGGGCUGAUACUUAUGUCCGAGUUUUUCUUUAUUCAAUUUGAACGCUGUCGUUAACUGUGACUAAACUAAUCAGUUAAGUUAAGUUCAGUUCAUUUUUAUUUAGCCAACAUAUAAUACAAUACAGGAAUUGGCAAGGGAGCCCAGAAGAGCAGAUUGAAGAAACCAGAAGGCUUAUGACGCCUGGGCUUCCCAGUCACAAAGAAAUAAGUAAAAUGAAAUUCGGCGAGUGAUUCGUUAAAAAAUAGAAACGAAACAGAGACUGUGUACGUGAAGUGGAUUCAAAGAACCUUGACUUUGACAACUGCUUUUCAUACUUCCUAGAAUAAUGCCUUGUACAUGUACAGUCUAUAUAUAAAUUAGAAGCGUAUCGAAAGAUACACCUAUAACACUUGGAUAUUUGUGACAACGUAUUUACAUACACGUAAUUGCUCUAACGUUGUACAUGCCAGUGGACAGUUAAUUUUUUUUUUAUCCUUUCCCUUUCUCCUCUUUACAUAGAUGCAAAAGGAAACGCUACAGAAAGGUAAGACUGUUUUUAUGAUUUAUGACUAAAUAUAUGUCAGUACACCAUUCCCUAUAAUCUACACGGCCACACAUUUGUACAGAACCUCUAAAAUCUGGGUAUAAUUAAAUUUUGAGGAACACAAUGACGUCAUAUUGUCAAAUUUAUUACCUGAGCUCGUAUAUUGCAAUCAACUUCAUUAAAACUGGGUACAAAAGGAAAAACGCUUAAAUAGGAGCGUGUCUGAUAAAGCUAUGAAGGUUUGCUAACAGACCGACCGUCGUUCAAAGGAACAAUGAAGUUAUUGUCACGACAAGUAAUAAAAAGAGGAACUGGGAUUUCCUAUCUUGUACAUAUAAGUGUUUGUAACAAAAGGUUCUCGUAAGUGUCACUAACAACUAAACUGCUGCUUUGUUUCGUCAGCAUCUACCUUGAAAUUCAGGAAGCACCGGCAAAGAAUCCGGCACAGAAUUCUAGUAACAAACAGCUUGGAAAAAUAGAAGACCAAAUACAGGCAGCACCACCUUGCGGCAAAGAAAGUGGAUAUUCCGUCUUGAAUCAUCUUGCAAUGGUACAUGUUGAUGUAGAUUUUUUAGCCCCUUCUAUCUGUGGAACUUUAAAGGAUAAAGCUGGGUUAAUAUUUUUUUAACGUCCCUCUGUCCUCCCCAAAUACUUCUUUGUGUUACUGGGAGACUCCAGUAAGACAGUAACAGAGCUCUCCAGUAAGACAGCUCUUAUUUUUAACGCGCUUACUAUUUUUCUUAUCUUUUAUUUAUUUUUAUUUUAUUGUAAUAUUCAGCGGGAGCCUCCGCGGAGGAGAAAGUUUUUCUUGCGUGCUGAAAAUUUCAAAAGCCAAGGAAGUGGGGAAUGGUACAUGUACACCUUGAUGUGUUUCGAUAUCUGGUGAAGCCCUCUUUUGUUUUUGUUUUUGUUGGACUUCUUCAAAUACCCAAAUAAAAAUACAAAUUAAACCUCUCGAAUAAACACUUUAGUCCUCCACAAAAGCGUUGGGGGUUGGGCGUAGUUACUUACCCAAUCCACUUUCCCUGGAUCCCUCUCUGGAAUUUUUUUUCGACGGAUUUAAUUACCUUAACAGUUUGUAUUGUUCGUAACUUAUUCAGUAUAAAUUUAACGCUUUUGUAUUUUUAUAAUUUCAGACCACAGGCGAAGGUUUAUAUGCGACUCUUUCGGCUUCUGAAUCAGUCAACAGUGUUCAUGGGGCAUCCAACUUUGAUUCACGUACAUACGUUAACCAAGUGCCUUCGGAUGAGUGGAUGACUGACUGA